AUGGAGUCAAGGCCCGAUCACCGGUUCGACCCCUUUGGACCCGGUGCAGAUGCCUAUGGCGACGACAGACCCGACCUGGGCGGCCCCGAUUACAAUGAUCCGGCCACUCUCGCCCAGCUAAUGCAUCCGGACAUGCCCGUUCCAACCUACAAGUCUCCGGCCGACGUCCGCCGCGAGGCCCAGCAGCGGUCCAGCAGCAUAUUCGCUAGCUACCAUAGACUGCAAGCCAUCCUCGUGCGUCACGAGGCCACGAUCCAGAGGCGCUGGGCAAAGAAGAAGAAGCAGCAGAGACUCGAAAUUCUGCUGAGUGCCUGGCCCGGCAUGGCCAAAAUGCAUCGUCCGGACUUCGAGGCGUUCCGCAAAGAGUCUAUCCAGUCCAAGCACCUGCCCACAAGCUACAAGGACCGCUUCAUGUGGGCAUACAUCAAUCAAGAGGACCUGUCGACGCCGAAGGCUCUGCUGUUGCUUCUCAAUUCCAGAGGUCGCUAUCAUCCCUCCCAGUUCGCUGCCGCCGAUGGCGAGGCGAUGCAUCUCGGCAAGGUAACAAUGAGUCUUGUUCCCAUCUUUCUCAACGAGCACGUCCUUCUGCUUAACGGGGUCCUCGACGCCAGAGAAUAUGGCAAAUUGCUGGCCUGGGACGAUCAUCCCGAUGCCUUUGACUGGAUGCACACGAGAAAACAGUUCUUGCCAGGCGAGGGGCUUCAAAUUCUCGAGGCGCAAGAGAGAACCCUGGCCUUUCUCGUGAGCUGCUGCUUGCAGAUUCUCCACGACAUUCCAGCCGACGCGCUGACUAGCAACGAAUUUUCUCCCCAACCAGAGCCGCAACUGAAGAGUGAAAAGGAGACAGACGGGCUCGAAUCCCUGGCCGUUAUGGCGGCGGAGGCUCCUUAUCGAGUUCCCGCGCAGCUCGACCUUGGCCGAAUCGAGGCGCUCCUUCGGGCCAAAACAUCGGCGGCUGAGGAUCACCUUUGGGCCCUGCGAGAGGAUCCAGGGUACUUUGCCGAGAGGCUGCUCCAGGUCCGAGAACACCGACAGGAGAUGCUUAAGGACGUCUACGGCGAUGCGCAUCCCGUAUUCAGUUUCGGCCGGCAGAGUGUAUUUUGGACCCGUGUCGUGAGUAAUAUGGUGCUCGACGCCCAUCUGGAACUUGAGGUCUAUUCCAAUCUUUGCCAACAGGCCCAAAAUUUGCAAGCGCUGCAAGCCAAGCACGCCGCGGCCAUAUCGCCCAUGCAAGACCUGCCCGAGGAGUUCCUGGCGGCCCUGCUCAAAUUCCGCUUUUACCUCGACUGGGCAGUCAAGGGACCUCUGAACCAGCUCAAGCACAGCGUUUCUGCAUCUCCGCCAAUGCGAAAGUUCUUUGUGCGCGAGCCGCCAGUAGAUGCCAGCUCCACCAUAAUUCAAAUCAGGUCCAAGUCUGGUGUCAAGAUGAACAAGGUCGAAGCUCAACUGACCUGGCUGCUCCGCACGCUGUGGGAAGACGACCGUCAACUCUUCUUGGUGCGCCUGCCUUUGGCUUUGGAUGAGCUGGAGCGCCUCUUGAUGGCCGAGCCUCAGGCAAAAGAACUUGUAUCGGCACACGUGGCCGAAGUCAUUGGAAACCUCUCUAUCCUUUCGCAAUGCUUGAGCCAGCUCGACUUGUACCAGCCGUGGGCGCAGAGCUUUGAAUCGAACAUGGUGGAUCGGGAAGACGGGAUCAAGCACCAGUUUGACGAGCAGACCAAGUCGUGGGCUAAGCUGGUAAAGGCUGUUAGUGACAAGAACCUUCCCCGGGCGGCCAAACUAUGCGAUCCUUCCGACAAGAACUUCUCCUACCCAUCGGGAAAGCGUCGGACCAAGGAGGAUACCGAGGCAAUGCGGAGAGCCGAGCAAAAGCUCGACGACUUCUGGGCCAUUGUCGAUCGCGUCCAGCGCACUCUGCAGCGCACGCCGGAAUGGGUUGCCGAGCCGGCACCGGCGGCCAAGGGACGAGAUCCGAACCUCGACGUCGACUCCAUCUACAAGCCACUGUCAACGCUGUAUAUCGGUCUCACGUACAGGCCGGGGCAAGCCCACUCGCCAUUGAAGACAAAGACAAAAACGAGAGGACAGUCAUCACAGGAGUAUGCCCCUACCGACACGGGCACCACCGCCACUGAGGCAGCUGCUCCGGACUCAAUCGCGGUCGACGCUCGCGCGCUCAAGGUGUUUCGGACGCUCUUCUUCAACCCGGCCGUGACGUCAUCGCCGGGUGAGAUUCCGUGGAACGACUUCACCUAUGCGAUGACAUUGACGGGAAUGUUUGCGGCGGAGAAGUUGAUCCAAUUCCACGAGCCGCAUCCUCGGGCCAAGAUUCCGUUUUUCAUGGCCAGGAGGCACGGAAGGAGGCUCAACAGGGCGUACGGGUGGGUCGGGGAGACAUUUGUCUUGAAGGGGAAAAAGUAA